UUUGGCCCAGCUCCAACUGGACCCCCGCGAAGCCUCCCGAGUCCGGCAGCCUGGCGGGGUGUGAGCUGAGCCGGAGCCGCUUCUCAUGGCAGAGGAGUCUGCAGAUCCUCUUGAUGGGCUGGAUGGGGAGGAUUUGUACUACCUGCCGGAAUCGAGUUUGCAGCAGAUGAAGGAGAAGCUUAAAGAGGAGAAGCCCAGCGAGGAGGAGAUCAAUAAAAGCCUCGAGAAGGUCUUGGACCCCAGCGAACUGCAAGAUGAGGAGAAGCUCCUGCCAGUAGAUAUGCGAGGCAUUGAGCAGGACUUCGAGGGCAUCGAUGAUUUAGUGGAGAAGUUGGGUGCCGUGGAAGCUGCCCGGGCGUUGGUGAAAGCCAGGGAGUACUUUGAGGCCAACAAAGAUGGGCGGCCCGAGAAUGAGAGGCCCCAGCCGAUGACGGCGACUGAGUGGAGGAAGAUCUUGCAAGAGGACAUGGAAGAAGACAUGAUGGAGGAGGACGACGAGGGUUUCCUGGAAGCCGAUGAAGAAGAGUCGGCUGAAGAGGAUGAGGAGGCGGAGGCUGAGGAGCCGUCAGCCAAGAAGCAGAAGACUGAGUGAAUCUCCUGAGCUCCUUCUGUGGGGUUGGGCUGCAGCUGCCGUGGAUGUGGGCAUCGUGGAAAGGGUUGAUAUUGAAACAGUGAUGAACAGGGGGAUUCGUUCACAGUCAUGGCUUUUUGAUGCUUUUUGUGGGAUGUCCGAGCAGACCCGAGGAUGAACGGCUUGCAGGGUACGAC